CUCUAGCCUUUGAUCGCUACUGCUCUAUCAGUCAUCUGUACAACAUUACCAGCGCGUGAAGUGAAGAUGGAGGCACUCGCGUUCAAUGUUUCAAACGGCUUCCUAGAGGGCAUUGUCAGAGGCUAUAAAGGGGCUUUGCUCAAUCAGUCCAACUACCAUAACCUCACUCAAUGCGAGAAUCUUGAAGACUUCCGUCUUCAACUCUCCUCCACCGAUUAUGGCAACUUUCUCGCCAAUGAACCUCUGCCCCUCUCCACCGCUACGAUCGCGGACAAGGCGACGGAAAAGCUCGUUUCAGAGUUCAACUUUAUCAGGACCAAUGCGACAGAGCCCCUGGCUACCUUCAUGGACUACAUUACCUACGCCUACAUGAUUGACAAUGUAGUCCUGCUUACUCUUGGAACGCUGCACGAGAGAGAUACCCAUGAAUUGCUCGAUCGUUGUCACCCUCUUGGCGUCUUCGACACCAUGCCCGCGUUGUGUGUGGCCACCAACGUGGAAGAACUGUAUCACAGUGUCCUGGUCGAGACUCCGUUAGCCCCCUACUUUAAAGACUGCCUCUCUGCGCAAGAUCUCGACGAUCUCAACAUCGAGAUCAUUCGUAAUUCCCUAUACAAGGCGUAUCUGGAAGACUUUCACAAGUUCUGUCAAACCCUUCCCGCCCCUACAUCGGAGGUCAUGUCACGUAUCUUGGCGUUUGAAGCCGAUCGUCGGACCCUCAACAUCACCAUCAACUCGUUCGGUACCGAGUUGUCGAAAGAUCAACGUGCGAGACUAUUUCCAACGAUCGGUCGACUGUAUCCGGAGGGAAACAAUGCGCUGGCUCGAGCAGAGGAUAUUGAAUCCGUAGUGGCUGCGGUCGACCAUAUUUCAGAAUAUCGGGCUUUCUUCGACAAAUCUGGAGCGGCUUCUAACCAGAAUGGCGGUGCGGCCAACGGCACUGGCGAUGAAGGGUCCAGCUUGGAGGACGAGUUUUUCAAGCACGACGUCGAGCUUAACAAGCACUCCUUCCUCCAGCAGUUCCAGUUUGGUGUCUUUUACAGCUUUGUCAAGCUAAAAGAGCAAGAAGUGAGGAAUUUGACUUGGAUCGCCGAGUGCAUAGCACAAGAUGCCAAGGAUCGGAUCAAUGAUUAUAUCGCCUAGAUCCCCCGGACGAGAUGAUUCGUUUCUGUGAGAGACCUUAUGUACUCCCUCUUCAUGUACCCAUAGACAAUGACUUUUGCAUGAUAAUUUUGCAUGG